UCUCUACAUCGUAAGUAUACAGUAUACAGUACACUUUGUUGAUUUGUUCCUAACAACUAACAAGCAGACGAAUAAUAAUUUUUUUCAACUAAUAGUUUUGAGUUUUGUUGUUUACUGUAUUUGGAUUCAUUACAUACAUUUAAAUACAAUUUUAAUUAUAAUAAAAUUAUAACAAUACCGACAACGGGAAUUAUGAUGUCAAAUCCAGAUCCAGUUAUGGGCGAAAAAUCGAUAAAAAAUGUGAUCACAGAACAAGCUAAUGAAAGUACAAUAGAUCAAACCUCACAAAUGAGUUUUUCAAGCAUUGAUGAAGAAAAAAUUGAGGCACCAAUAAAAAUAGAAGGGACUGAUAGUUGUUUUUACGAGCCCACAAUAACAAUAAAAGAAGAAAAAGAACUGCUGAACACGGAACUCAUCAGUGUUAAAGAACCGUGCAACGAGCCUAAAGUGAAAGUUGAAGAAAUAAAUGUAGUAAAUGGUUGUCGCCUCGAAACUGUUGUGGAAAUUGAAAAAAAUUUGCUUUUGGAUGAGAUAACGGCAAAGGAUGAUUCCUACUCAAUACAGUGGUUUGUUUGCAACGAGUGUAACAAAAUAUUUACGUCCAAAAGGCUUAUGGAACACCACAAAACAGAAUCACAUGACUUGAACACCACCGAAACCAGAAAAAGUUGUCGAGACAAAUUUGACAGAAAUAUACACAAUGAAAUUAACAAUGAAGCGAAUGAGACUGGAGUAAAUGAUCAACUGGCACAAACAAAACCCAAAGAGCAAGCAAACACACUUAUAUGUGAUGUAUGUUUAAAAUCGUUUUCUAGAAAUUCACACCUUACCCAACAUAAACGUGUCCAUACUGGAGAAAAGCCUUACAAGUGUGAUGUUUGUUUAAAAUCGUAUUCGGAUAGAUCCAAUCUGGUAUUACAUAAACGCGUUCAUUCUGGAGAGAAGCCAUACAAAUGUGUUGUGUGCUUGAAGCACUUUAAUGAAAAGUCAAACCUUAUAAAACACGAACUCGUGCAUACUGGAGAAAGGCCUAACAAAUGUAACGUUUGUUUAAAAUCUUUUAAUCAAUCAUCUUCCUUUGUACAACACAAACGUGUUCAUACCGGAGAGAAACCAUACACGUGUGACGUUUGUUUAAAAUCGUUGUCGAAAAAAUCCAGACUAGUAAGUCAUCUACGAGUGCAUACUGGAUAA